AUGUUUGUUGUACUUUCUCUCUCCUCAGCGUCUCUAUGCCAUGGAGCCUGUGUGGAGGUGGACUCUGACACUGACGCAGUGGUCAGCGAAGGCUUUAAGCUGGGCUGUAUCUCCUGUAAGAUGAGGGGCGAGGUGCCCGCCGAGGCCACUGUUGAAUGGUCCUUCAUGCCCAAAGGGGAGAGCGAGUUCACAAAAAUCUACAGCUACGAGGAUCUAAUGAGCGACAUCCCGGACGAGCGCUUCUACGAGCGUCUGGACUGGAACGGCAGCAAGAAGACCAAGGACCUGCAGGACGGCUCCAUCUACAUCCUGAACGUGACAUGGAACGACACGGGCACCUACCGCUGCAUCUUCAACCGCACCCUCACCUUCACCUCCUACGGGUUCCACACUGACGUCACCAAGAUCGUCCACCUCAACGUGGUGCCAAGACUGACCAGGGGGAUAGCGUCCAUCUUGUCUGAGGUGAUGAUGUAUGUCACCAUCGUUGGGCUGCAGGUAUGGCUGGUGGUGGAGAUGAUUUACUGCUACAGGAAGAUAUCAGCGCAAGGCGAGGAAGCAUUGAGAGAGAGCGCGGCGGAUUACUUAGCUAUAGCUUCGGAGAGUAAAGAAAAUUGUGCAAUGGUGGCAGUGACCGAAUAG